UUAACUCUCUCAUCCAGGUCUACACAUUUUCUCAUCCGUGCUGUUUGUUGUUGUUACAUCAUUCCAACUUUCUGUACUGAAAACACGUCUGAAGAACGACUGAACUCUAAAACAAAUGUUCAGAGGAACUGAAUCGUUGAGAUUUGAUCUGUUAAAUGAGUGAUGCAGAGAAGGAGCCGUGUGCGGGAUGUUUCCUCUUAAAGGUGACCGAUCAUUUGUGGAGAAAAGAAUCAAAUGAAGUCAUAACUCUGUGAUGAGUCAGUGUCAAGACUUAAAGCUUAAUCCAGUAAUCAUGACAAUAAACAAACUCAGGAAACAGUCGUUAAUUAAAGUCUGAAAUAAGAGGAAAUAAAGCAGCGGACGUCAUGUAGAACAAAAACAUGUUCCAGAAAUGUUAAAACACCUCACGUGUCGGGAAAGAUCAGCUGUGUGUUUACAAAGAGAGAAAGGUGUGUGUGAGAAAGCUGCAGGCCUGCAACAGGUGCCUAUCUUAAUCACACACACACACACACACACACACACACACGCAAACACACACACACACACACACACACACACACACACACACACACACACACACACACACACACACACACACCACACACACACACACACACACACACACACACACAACCACACACACACACACACACACACACACACACACACACACACACACACACAUACACACACACACACACACACACACACACACACACACACACACACACACAGAUAACAGGACAGAGUGCAAACACACACUCUUCAUAUUUUGCACCAAAGCUUCUCUGACUGUAGAUCGACUGUAAGCUGUGAAGGAAACUUUCUGCGUCCUGCUCGAUCUGUUUGGACCGCAGACCGAUGGACGUCUUUUUAAACGCGGCGAGAUCUGAGAUCAUCACACGGACCGACACACACUGAACCUGCAGCAACGUGAACCAGCUGAUGGGAACAUCAGGAGGGCUUUAAUCCAGAAGAGGACUCCCAGAUCCAGAGUGACGAUGGACCGGAGGAACGCCUUCUCUUAAAGUCAGCGGAGGCCACGCCCACCAUGGACGACAUGGACACCAGAGAAGAAGAAGGCAGCACAGGAACAUCGACGACCCAGCCGGUGUUCCCCCAAACAGACCCCGCUCUGCUGUACCCCCCUCCCAUGUCCCCGGACCCGCUCAGCCCGCUGACUCACCUGGGGACGCUGCUGUCCGGACACGACGCACCGACGAGCGGCGGAUGGGACAGUCUCAGAGCGGGUGUACACCUCUCACACACUCUCGUGUCCUUUCCGUCUCCGCAGCAGAUGUUUGCCUGUGCCAAGUCGCUCUUCAUCUCCGAUCAGGACAAGAGGAAACACUUCUGCCUGCUGCUCAGGCUCUUCGUGGGAAACAGACAGGAAGUGGGCUCGUUUCAGAGCAGGAUGAUCAAAGUCAUCUCCAAACCGUCGCAGAAGAGGCAGUCCAUGAAGAACGCCGACCUGUGUAUCUCAUCGUGCUCCAGAGUGGCUUUGUUUAACCGCUUGCGCUCUCAGACGGUCAGCACGCGUUACCUCUCAGUGGACAGAGGAGCCUUCAUAGCCAGCGCCAGACACUGGAGCGCCUUCACCAUCACCCUGGUGGAGGACCGGCGUGCCAGCCAUGGGGACUUUGUGCUGACUGAAGGUUUCAUCUGUUACGGCUGUGUGGUCCAGUUAGUGUGCACGGAGUCCGGAGUAACUCUGCCACCGAUGGUGAUCCGUAAAGUCAACAAGCAGCACGCCAUCCUGGACGUGGAUGAGCCGGUUUCUCAGCUUCAUAAGUGCGCCUUCCAGUUCAGAGACGAUCCACAGUCCUUCCUGUGUUUAUCCAACGACGCCAUCAUACAGUACCAGGCCCCGUCCAGCGUCAGAGACCCGAGCAGAGUGGUGCUGAACGACGGAUCUUGUUGGACCAUCAUCGGGGUGGAAGUAGUGGAGUACACCUUUAACCAGGGUUUGGCGUGCAUCCAGACGCCUGUUACUCCUUUCCCUGUGAUCACUGGUUUAGAGGUGAAUGGUGGAGGACACGUUGCCAUGCUGGAGAUCGAAGGAGAAAACUUCAGCCCUCACCUUAAAGUCUGGUUCGGUAACAGCGAGGCGGAGACCAUGUUCAAGUCUCCUAAGUCUCUGCUCUGCGUCGUUCCUGACGUCUCCGUGUUCACCGACGUCUGGCGCUCUCUGCGACGCAUCAUCACCGUCCCGCUGUCUCUCCUCCGAUUGGACGGCCUGAUUUAUCGCACGCACUUCAGCUUCACCUUCACCCCGGAGCUGCAGCCGCCGCAGUCUGUCCGAGGAGCAGCGGGGGGAGGGAGGAGAGACGGCGGGGUGGAGGGAGGAGCGGAGGACGACGUCCUGUUGGAGACAAUCCACCAGGAGUUCACCAGAGCCAACUUCCACCUCUUCAUGCAGACGUAGCUCAACUGAUGGAGGCGAAUUAAGAAAAAAAAAGACACCAGAACAGCUCGACAUGUAAGCAGGAGACGCCAACAGAAACUAGAGUCUGUGCAGUGUCAUCCUGUGUGGUGAAUCAGGAUGUCUUUUUAACUCAUUUGCAGAAGUAAAUCCAA